AGAGGGAGGGAGGAGACGGACCAGGGAGGAGGUCGAGAUCCGAGCAUGCGUAUUUGGUAGAUGAUGAUCCUCAAGAAACUAAAGCUAGUGAAGCUGUGGUGAAAGAAAGAAUAAAAGUUGAACGGAACACUGAAUUGUCUGUUACGAACAUCAGCUGCACGAGUAGUCAUGUAUCAUGUUUUGGACGUAGAAUGAAGCAAAAUAUGACUGAGGCUGAGAAGGAAGCAAGGAGAAUACGCAGGGUUCUCGCCAAUAGAGAGUCUGCUAGGCAAACAAUUCGAAGGCGACAGGCCCUUCGUGAGGAGUUGGUCAAAAGAGUUGCUGAUUUAUCACUGGAGAACGAGAAUAUGAAAGUGGAAAAGGAUCUGAUGAUGAAAGAGUAUCUUUCAUUGAGAGACAGAAACAAAGAAUUAAAAGAGCAAGUGGUCAAAGCAGUAAAAUCUGAAGUUGAUGUUGGAGCAGAAAUUGCUCCGAGAUGCUUGGAGACAACAUCCCCUUCUACUGAGCUUUCGUUAGUAGCUCCCGGCAGCACAGAAUUUUACGAUGAAGAAGGUUCUAGUAAAGCUGGUGAGUUGAGGGCCAUCUUUUAUGUGCCAUCAUGUGCUUGGUUCUAUCCUUUACUUCAUCAAACUUCUGAAUCCCAUCAACCUGGUUGUCAAGCAUCCAAUAAACAUGAAUCACUUGUUACUAAUCAGCAACGCUUUAGACAAUGUCCCAAUUUAGAGGGAGCAUCGCUACAAGUUGGAAGCAAAACCGACAUUUCAUCAACUGAACGAGAAGGCAUUGAUCAUGAAGGGAAGAAUGCUGAUAUCAACCUCGAAGAGAUGCCAACAGAGAUCGAUGAACACGAACACGCUUGUGGUGUAUCUCUGGUUCCAAGUUCAGCAGACAGAGGUGGGCAAGAAAGGGGGUUCAAACUUGAUUCUGUAUCAGAAAAAUCACAAGCAGCAUCUAUUUCAUCGUAUAAGAAACAUGUAGAUCCUUUCACAGCCGCUGCAGCUAGAAAGCGGAGGAAGGAGCUCACGAAGCUUAAAUAUCUCCAUGGAAGGCAAAUUAGGUUGCACGGCUGAGCUAUGGAGUGAUGAUAUCGAGGUUAUCAAUCGAAAGCGGGAAGGCAUUUUUUUGCAUAUGCUAGCGCAUGCUGUUAGAAUUUCAUGAAGUUUUGGAAGAAUUUUGUUUGUAGGCAUUCUUGAGAUGAUCCUUCCCUGCACCGCAGGAUUUGCUACAGAGAGCGCAUGUAUAUAGCUGGAGAGGAUAAGUCUAUGAACUAGAUUAAGUCAUAUGAGUGCUAACUUUAUUAUAUAUCCACAGCUUGUGCAUAGUUCCUUGGCCAUGUAACAAAACAGCAGGUUUAUUACUUUCCAGUUCAAGACAUUAAUCGUAUGCAGUUGGCCUGAGACAGGCUGAUGCUUGUCCGGCUUUGUGAGAAUA